AGAAGGGAAGAACUGAAACUCAGAUGAAGCGGAAACCGAAUGAUGUUUAGAUGCGAGGUAGAGGUCAGCCGUUGUGGUUUCGUUGCCGCCGCCGCCGGUGAAGAUGGUGGACGGAUGUGAGAAGAUGAGCGAGCCACAAGAGAGAUGCUAAGAAGUGUAGAUGCCUCGAUCGUUUCCUGAUUUGGAGGGUUUGGUCAGUUUUUUGUAAAAUUGCAAAAUAGUCGUAUUUUUGUCUUGUGAAACCUUGUAGGUAAUAUUUUUGGCAUUGUUUAAAGUUUUAAAACUUUGUGAGUAAUUCCUAACAAGACUUCCUAAUUUUUCCAACUUCAUCUAAAUCGAACUCGAGUUCGAGACUUCUGAGUAGCUAGAUUAGCACCUACAUUACAUUGACCAACAUACCAGAGGUUUCGACAAAAAAUUUCCACUUCUUCCCGCGCAAAAAACCUAAGAAGUUUUCUCCCCCAUUUUAAACCCCCAAUGUUUCUCCCUAGUGUCUGCACAUGAAUGACUAAUUGAGGCAUAUAGUUGGAGAAGAAGAGGAAGAUGAUGAUGGGCAAGGUGUUCAAAGGAGCUAACGUGUUCAUGUCGCGCAACCUGGUUCCACCGGAGCAGUUCGACACUCUUCACGACGCGCUCAAGCUCAACGGAGCUCAGGUCUUCCUCUGCUGCGACCCAUCCCACAACGGUCCCAACGACUACCACGUCAUCUCCUCUAUGGAUCAUGUGAAAUUCGAUGAGCUCCUAUCAAAAGGCUGCAAUUUGAUCGGUCCUAGGUGUGUACUUUUUUGUGCGAAUGAACACAGGCCACUCCCUAAUCAAGGUUUUACAUGCUGCCUUGCAAUGGACGGAGUCAAAAUACUAGCAUCUGGUUUUAAGGAGGCCGAAAAGGGUGAUUUAUUUGGAAGGUCGGUCAAUCACACUAAGUUUGGUUUGUAACUCAAGAAAAGAAGAUGCAGACAAAGGCUUUGUCAGAAUAUCAGCAGUUUGUUGGGAAGCAGGAAUAUGGAACACUUCAAUUUGCUUGGACUGAACUUUCUCCCUCACAAAAAAGAGAUCAAUCUCCAUGUGUUUUAUCCUGGAGUGUAACACAGGGUUGUGGGCAAGCUGUACACUGUUGAGGUUGUCACAGUAGACCUUUGGAGUAGAAAAUGAUACUUGAAGCUCUUUGAGUAAGAACUGAACCCACAGAAGUUCAGCUGCAGUGUCUGCUAAACUUUUGUAUUCAGCUUCUGCAGAGGAUCUGGCCACUCUCAGUUGUUUCUUGGACCACCAAGAAAUGAUGUUUGACCCAAGAAAGAUGCAUGAUCCAGAAGUGGACCUUCUGUCAACUAGGUCAGAUGCCCAAUCAACAUCACAAAAGGCUGAGAUAGGUAAAGGUAUAGUUUUCAGAGGUAGAGGUUUAAUGAUGAUGCCAUGUGUGAUAGUACCAGAUAGAUAUCUGAGAAUGGGUUUUACUGCCUUCCAGUGAUCUUGUAGAGGUGCUGCCAUGAACUGACAGACCUUAUUUACAGCAUAACUGAGUUCUGAUCUUGUAAGAGUUGCAUAUUGCAGCAUGCCAACAAUGGAUCUAUAAGUGGAGGGAUCAUGAAGAGUAGCACUUCCUGUAUUAGUUAGCUUGCAGCUACUAACCAUGGGAGUUUUCACUCCUUUGGAAUCAAUCAUGCCAGCUUGAUGUAAUAAAUCUCUUAUGUAUUUGGUUUGAGAGAGAUGAAGACUUCAAUCAGUCAGCUUUUUGACUUCUAUUCCUAGGAAGAAAUCAAUGUCACCCAAGUGCUUGAGAGAAAAGGAUGAGUGUAGUUUGUGAAUAAGAUUUUGAAUUGCUUUAUAAUCAUUGCCUAUAACCAGAAUAUCAUCUACAUAUAUCAAUAUGUAGAUCUGAACUCCUUGAGACUUGAAGAAGAGGAGGGAUGGAUCACAUUGACUUUGCUGAAACCCUGCUGCAUAAAGGACUGAAGUCAGUUUGUGAAACCAGGCCCUAGGAGCCUGCUUUAGGCCAUACAAUGACUUGUGUAGUUUGCAGACUAAAGUGGUGUCCUGUGCCUGAAAGCCUGGGGGUUGGACCAUGUAGACUUCUUCAUCAAGCUUUCCAUUUAGAAAAGCAUUAUUGACAUCUAAUUGCUGAAUGAACCACUGAUAAGAAACUGCCAAGGUGAGUAAAAUUCUGAUAGUGAUAGGUUUGACCACUGGAGAAAAGGUUUCUUUGAAAUCAAAUCCAAAUCUUUGAUGGAAGCCUUUGGCCACUAGUCUGGCCUUAUAUUUGUUAAGAGAACCAUCAGGGUUUUCUUUAACUCGAAAGACCCAUUUACAACCUAUAGCUUGUUUGUCAGGUGGUAAAGGAACUAAAGACCAUGUUUGAUUUUCUAUCAAGGCAUUAUACUCAUUUUGCAUUGCAGAAAACCAUUGAGGAGAUGUGAGAGCUUGCUUCACUGACUGAGGCUCAACAUGUGCUAAUAGCAAGGUAGGAUUGAGUCUAGGUUUAAUAAUUCCUGAUUUUGCUCUAGUUUGCAUAGAAUGAGUGUUAGUUAUAUGAACAGAAUUGGAAAUUGAGGAAGUAGAGUCAGAUGAGAGUAGAGUUGUUGGAAUUUACUGAAGAAUUAUGAGUGGAGGGAGUAGAUGAAUAACUUGCUGAUUGAUUGUGAUUAUUAGAAGAGAUGGGUUGGGAGGCAGUGGGCUGGUAAUUAUUGGAUGAGAGGUUAUGAGACUGAGAUUGUGGGUCAGUGAAUGGAAGUUCAUGAAGUUGGGAUUGAGAUGAGUUAGAUCCAGAAUGAGGAUUUGAGUUUAAAACAUCUAAUAUAGCAGAAUCUGAGUUAUGAAUAGGUUUGGUUAUGGGAAUGGAAGAUUGGGAUACAGAUGAAUAGGGAAAACUGGAUUCAUGAAAGAUUACAUCCUUUGAAAUGUACACUCUGCCAGAUUUGGAAAGACACUUAUAGCCUUUAUGCUGAGAGGAAUAUCCUAGGAAUGUACCCUCUUUUGAGUGAAAAUCCAACUUGUGUUUAUUGUAAGGUCUGAGAAAAGGAUAGCAAAUGCAACAAAAGACUCUAAGGGAAGAAUAAUCUGGGACAAAUCCAUAAAGUUUAAAAUAUGGGCUGGAAUUGGCAAUGGACUUAGAUGGAGUUCUAUUGAUAAGAUGCACAGAAGUUGCAAAGGCAGCAUCCCAGAACUUAAAAGGUAAAGAAGAGUGGGCUAGGAUUGAGAGACCUUUUUCAACAAUAGUGCGAUGUUUCCUUUCAACCACACCAUUUUUAUGAUGAGUGUGAGGGCAUAUGAUUCUGUGAGUGAUUCCUUUUUCAUUGAGGAAAUUAGUGAAGGAUCUAAAUUCCCCUCCCCAGUCAGACUGUACAGAUUUUAUGGAUAUUGAAAAUUGAUUGAGAAUGAAGUUGUAGAAAUUUUGGAAUGCUAGAAGAGCAUCAAACUUAUUUUUCAAGAAAUAUAUCCAUGUAUAUCUGGUAAAGGCAUCAAUAAAGGCUAUAUAAUAGGAAUAUCCAUCAAAAGAUACAAUGGGUGCUUGACCCCAAAGAUCUGUGAAUAUUACUUCAAAGGGUUUAUGAUAAACAGUAUUAGAAGGAUGUGAAGGAAGUCUAUGUGCCUUCCCAAGACAUCAAGCAUAACAGAAAUCAACAUCAAUGUGAUUAAUAGAAGACACAUUACAAUGUAUAAGUACAAAUUUAAGUGCGUCAAGAUGAGGAUGACCUAAUAUGAGAUGCCACAGAUUACAUGAAAUUGAAUAAUUACAUGACUGGGACUUAUUACAAACUAACAAACAAGACACUGAAUACACAAAUUUAUUACUAGACACUAAAGAAGCUUGAGGAUGAACUGCAGCAGUUGGGCAUGGACCAAGAGGAAUGAAAGGAAACUUGUAUAAGCCAUCUUCACCAAGUUUUCCAUGCAACAAGACCUGUUUAGAAACCUGAGAUUUGACAUAACAGUCAUGAGGAUAAAAUUCAAAGAAGACAUUAUUGUCCUUGGCAAAUUGACUAACACUCAGUAGAUUUUUGGUUAUAUGAGGAACAUGAAGUAUAUUAUUUAGUAAGAGUGAUUGUGAGGAGUGAUAAGGUGAUGGAAAGGAAGAAAAACCUAUAGACUUAAUAUCCAAACCUUGGCCAUUGCCCAUGAAAAGCUUGUCAGAUGUGGCAAUAGGUUCACUGUGCUGGAAAUUCAGUGGAUCUGCAGUAACAUGGUGAGUUGCUCCGGAAUCUGGAAACCAAUGUUGAUUAGAUGGAAUAGGACCAAGUACAGAAUGAUUAGCAGUAGCACAGUUUGCAGUUGGUAGAGUAUUAAAAGGUUGCUGAUGUCCCCAAUUGAAGGUUUCAGGAGGUGGAUUGGCAAGUUGAUGAUUCCACGACUGAUUGGGUUUUGAUUGUAUAGACUAAGAUUGAAAGGUGUAUGGUUUAGGUUGAUGAAUAUAAUGAUUUGGAGGAUAGUGAGAUUGUGAGUUGGGAUUCCAGUAGGGUGGAGGUCCAGAGGUUUGAUUUGGGUAAUUAGAGUUUUGAGAAGAAGGAUUAGGGUUUGGAUUGGUAUAAGCAGGAUUGUAUUUGUGGUAGCAAAUCAAGGCAUGAUGACCUGAUUUUCCACAGACUUGACAAAUGAUAGAAUUACGUCCAGAGCGACCACCCCUGCCUCUGUGAUAACCACUACGACCACGUCCACGGUAUGAAUUACCACUAUUUGGGUUAUUAUACUGAGAAACAUUUGCAGAGGCAUUUUCAACAGUAACAGAGAUUUCAGAUGAAUUGUUCUGAGAGGAAGUAUCAACCUGAGCAACGUUCGCAGAAUAUACUUUGUUGAGUAGUGUCAUGAUGUUUCUUAAGUCUCACCUCUUUUGCUAGAAGCAAGGAUUCAAGCUCAGCUAAGGUGACUGGUUCGAGAAUGCUGCGAGAAGUUACAGAGGACACAAGAGCUUCAUAAUCUUGUGGCAAUCCUUCGAGUAUAACAUUGAUAUGAUCGUUGUUAGAGAUCGGUUCACCUACGAGAAUAAGGUUGUUAACAAUUGUCUGAAUUCGAAGCAGGUACUCUGAGAUGGAUCGUUCCCCUUUUCCGGUGUUAUAGAGUUCGGAUUUGAGCUGUCUUGCUCUAGCAACGAUGUUAGUUUGGAAGAAAUUGCGAAUCGUGCUCCAAAGUUCAUACGAUCGCUGGCAAUGAAUAAUACGAGCAUGUAGGGUUUCGGAUAGAGAUGAAAGCAUCCACGCAAACAACAUUUGAUCCUGUUGAUCCCAGAGAACGUAAGCCUCAUUCACAGUCUUCUUCCCAUCUUCAUCGGUGAUGAAUUGCUCAGGAGUCUUCGAAUUCUCUAUGAACCGUACGAGUUUGCGCGCGCGAAUCACAGAUUCAAUAUGAUGCUUCCACAAAAGAUAGUUAUUCGAAUCUAAUUUGAUUGGAAGAGGGUGAUUGAAUGCGACUGGAAAGACGACACUUCCAGUAGCAGAGGUUGAAGAUGAAGUUGAAUCAGUUUCCGGCAUGGUUGAUCGAGCUAAAGCUCUGAUACCACAUUAGAAAAUGAACUCAGUUAGAAUAAAGGAGAAUCAAAUCUUAUUGAUCAUAAGAGUCAAUACAAGUAUUUUUAGUAGAAUACAAGUAACUAACUCUAACAGCCUGUGUAACAGCACUAACAACCCAAAGUAUAUCUAGAAGGUUUAAAGCUAUUUACAAUAUACGUAUGCAACAUUAUUUUAUAUUCCUAACAUUCUCAUUUGGAUUUUGUGAAAGUUUUUACUAUCUUUAUGUGGUUAUUAUAUAUUUGGACAUAUGUGAGGAUUAUUAAAUUUCCUAUCAUCUAGAAUUCAUUGUGCCCCAAUUAAAAUAUCAUUCUUUUGCAAACGUGGGAGAGGGGGGUAUUGCUUGAUUUGUUAUUCACAGCCUCAUUUGCAGAUUAAAUGUAUAGGUAGAAGUCCUAGGAUACAUUGAUUGAAAUCAUAUGGUUGAAAUCUCUAAAAGGUAUGAUUGUGAUUAUGUAAAACUUGCACAUUUGCCUAAGUAUUAGUGUUAGCUGUUAGUGUGAUUUCAAUCCAGCUUAUUUUUUAUCCAGAAUUUAUCUUAAAACUUCCCUUUAAGCUGGAUUCAAGGUUAUUGAUCUCUUCUUCAUUGAAUGUACCUUGCAGUUUGAAAUAAAAAAGCUAGUGAAAGCAAUGGGAGGAGUUUUUCAAGAAAAAGUAUCAAUGGACCUAAAUUUCGUCAUUGUGAAAAAUGUUUUGGCUGCAAAGUACAAGUGGGCACUAAAUGUAGGGAAGAAACCAAUUGUUAGUAUUACUUGGCUACUCCAGUGCUGGAAGGAGCAUCACUUUGUUGCUCCAGAGUCAUUCAGGGUCCAACCUUUUUCUGGGCUUACCAUCUGUAUUACCAGGAUAUGUACAGAUGAGAAGACGGAGGUGGAAAAUAUAGUCCUACAAAAUGGAGGCAAAUAUUCUCGUGAACUGACAAAAACUUGCACACAUUUAAUUUGCGGGGCUCCUAAAGGAGAUAAAUAUGAAGUUGCCACAAAAUGGGGUACAAUACACAUUGUUAGCAAGAGGUGGCUUGACCAAUCUGUUGCUAAAAGAGCACGCCUUAAUGAGGAGUCCUAUCCUAUUCAGGGUACCUCUGCAGCAACUGUGAAUGCUGCAAGAAUGAAAAAUCAACAAAGCAUAGAGAGUGGCAUUCAAAGUGUGCAAACUUUGUCCUCCACUGCAACAAUAUCAAAUUCUCAAGCUGUUUCAUAUGGUUACACUGUAGAUUCAGAUAAGGGGGGCACCUUCUCUCAGAACACCCCUUCAUUUUCAAAGGAACCUUUCUUUUCCAAGAGGGAAUCAAAUGAUCUACCCACUGAGCAGCGAAAAAAUGAUACAAAUUUUGAUGAAUGCGUUGCUUCUGACUUCCAAACAGAUGAUAACGAUUUAUACUUGUCAGAUUGCAGACUUCUGAUUCUUGGUUUUAGUGAAUCCGAUAUGCGAAAACUUGUGAACAUGGUUCGUAAAGGUGGUGGUUCCCGCUAUAUGUCUUUCAGUGAGAAGUUGACACACAUAAUAGUCGGAUCUCCAUCAGAGAUUGAAAUAAAAGAGAUAAGAAACCUUGCAGCUUUGGGUGUAAUCCAUGUGGUAAAACCAGAUUGGCUUGCAGAUUGCAUAAGUGAAAAGAAAGAAGUCUGUGUGCUUCAAAAGCACAUUGCCAAUGAUUUGCUUCUACUCAGAGAACUUGCCAGCUCCAAUAAAGGAGCUUCUGUGAUCAAUGCAUUUUCCAACCAAGGAAACUCAAGUGAUAGUGUUCAGUGCUACAAGAAUUUUGGAUCUGGAAAUUCACUGGAGAAGAGCAAAGAAGUAGAUGGCAUAAAAAAGAGAGGAGCUUCUCAGAUCGAAAGCCAAUCCCAAAUCUCUACAUUGAAUGGUAAAGAUGAGAUUAAGAUGCAAGCAAGCACCAGUGGAGCCAUUGAGGAUAUAAAGUCAUCUGCUGUAUUUAAGGGAAAGCGGUUUUGCUUCUCUGCUAGCUUCCCUGAUAAGCAGAGAGCUGACAUUGUACAGUGGGUGAACCAAGGUGGAGGAGAGUUAGUGGAUAGUCAGAUUAAAAGAUAUGUGCAUUUUGUUAUUGAAUGCCAUGGUGUGAUACCCUCCCAGACAGAUGCUGCUACAGGGGCAUAUGUGACAAGUCACUGGAUUAAGUCUUGUUUGGAGGAUGGAUGCUUGCUGGACAUUGGCAGUCACAUUUGCUAUUCUCCACUUCCUUGUGAAGUACCUUUCCCUGAAUUUAGGAGAUUCCGUUUGUGUGUUUCACAAUUCAAUGAAAAAGAAAAGCAGCUGCUAAGAAAUUUGUUAUUUAUUCUUGGAGCUAAGUUUGCUGAUAAUUUGACUAGAAAUGUCACACAUUUAUUGUGCAAAUUCAGAAGUGGCCGAAAAUAUGAGUUUGCUUGUAAGAAUGGCAUCCCAACAGUAACUUGUGAGUGGAUUUAUGAGUGUAUCAAAAAGAAAAAAGUUGUUGAUCCAGGUCCAUUUUGUCCUAAAGAAGUAACUUCUGAAGAUCGAGAAGCUGGAGUUUGCACAUCAAGCCAGUUUCCCACGCAAGCUGUACAGAUAAUUUCAGAGAAUAAUGUUUCUCAGGUUCAAGGCGAGUCCAAUGAAGUUGAGAGUGUUAAUGGUGAAGCUGUUACCGCCAGAAAUGUCGGAAGGGCAGAAACUAUUUGCUUACCCAGUAAAUGCAAGAAGACAAGGCUCAAAGCAGAUGAGAAAACAAAAUGUUCUUUGGUAUUGGUAUCCAAUCAAAGUGACACCACAUUAGAGACAAAUCCUCUAGAAAACAAGAAGAUUGAAAGCACCAAUGGUUUUACUGUAAUGGAUGAUGUUGCUAACCUGAUUGAGGAUUGUUUGGUGCACACGAGCAUGAAUCAUAACCAGAAGUCUCCAUCAAGAAGUGAGUGCGAAAAUAAUCUCUUUGCAUCUGAUUGUACCAUUCUUGAUCAAGAUCAUGGAGUUCAACAACCUGAUCUUAGAUUGUCUCAGCAUUGGACGAACAGGCUUGGGAGAAAGGAAGACUCUCAGUCCCUUACUGAAGAUAUGUCUGCUGCUGUCAUUAUUGAUGGAUUUAGCGAUCCCCAGACACUGUCACAGGUCGUUGGUUAUGCCCAAGAUUUGUCCGGUAUGCAAAUGAUUAUAGACAGGGUACGGACAAGCAAUCCUAGCAGCAUGAAUUGAAUUUCAAGGCUUAUGUAGAUUCUUCAGGACUGUGUGGUGUAGGCAACUGAUCGAUUCUGCUAUGUGCAUAAUGUACCAAAUAGGGUUCAUUUGAUGGCGCUGUCUGAAACCAUGUCAGAUGACAGAAACACACACGCAUAUGUAUAACGUUUAAAUUAUAUUACGAUCCAAAGCUCAUAACGUAGAGAAGAAUCUUAAUAAACUUCCAUAUUUUCGAUCCAGUGUGUGUGGUAUUACUGGGUAGUUUGGUAUUCCUGAAUCAGUAGCGCCGGAAAUAGUAGGUGGCAUUCAUGUAACUUAACAUAAGGAAGCCCACAGUCCACCAUACCAAUGGAAGGAAGCCUGCAAUCUGCCAUACCAACCAGCCGUACAGAAAACAAGAGAGUAAGGCAAGUGACUUUACCUUCUUCAGCUUUCCAAGUAACAUCAGGUUCCAAAUGCAUGUUCUUCAUUCAUGGCCAAGUCUUUGAAAUUGAAUCUUCAGAAGUCAGAACAAAAGCAGUCUUGCUUAAACCUAAUGGUUUUGUAAAAAAAUUGACUGAUGUUCUCGGUAAAUUUGGAUUCUCUGGGUUCUUAUUGGCAAUCCAUAUUUUAACAUGUCAGGAAA